GCUCGUAUGUAGCGUCCACCCAAGAUGGCGAGCUUUGUGGAUUUCUUCCACAAGGGAAAGUCAUCGGUGCAGACGUUCCGGCCAAAGAAGAAGUUUGAGCCGGGCACCAUGCGAUAUUCGCUGCACAAGCAGGCCCAGGCUUCUCUCAACUCGGGCAUCAAUCUGCGUGACGCGGUGCGGCUGCCUCCAAGGGAGGACAUGAAUGACUGGCUGGCUGUGCAUGUGGUGGACUUCUUCAACCGGAUAAACCUCAUCUAUGGCACCAUUUCUGACUACUGCACUGAGGAGAGCUGCCCCAGAAUGUCAGGGGGCCCAAAAUUCGAGUACCUCUGGUGCGAUGGUCAAAAGUACAAGAAGCCUACCCCACUGCCAGCGCCGCAGUAUAUUUCGCACCUCAUGGACUGGGUGGAAGCACAGAUCAACAACGAAGAAAUCUUCCCCGUCACUUGUAAUGUCCCGUUUCCCAGGAACUUCGUUCCUACAUGCAAGAAGAUCUUGGCUCGGCUGUUUCGGGUUUUCGUGCACGUCUACAUCCACCAUUUCGAUAGGCUUGUUGCCAUAGGAGCGGAGGCCCACGUCAACACGUGCUACAAGCACUUCUAUUACUUCAUCACUGAAUUUGACUUAGUAAGCCAAAAGGAGCUAGAACCCUUGACGGAGAUGACGAGGAAAGUCUGCAAGGACAUGGUAAUUCUGAGCCCCCGUCACAGAUGAAAAACAAGAGAGACGGCACCAUGCACGGCGGCCGUUUUACUCCUCCUUGUGAUGUCUGCAAUUUGCUCUGCUGACCCCCCCGCCUUUGUCCGUCAACAAAUCGUUACGUCCACUGGUUAACGCAACGUAGAUGUCACCGUAGUUACCGGUACUAUACCACCAACCGUAACGGAACGGAAACCUCUUCUAGUCUUGCUGGCACGGACACUGCUGGUAAAAAUUCGCACAAACUGAAGCGUUUUCUUUUUUCUCUCUUUUGUUGGCACUUAUUACAAAAGAAAAAAGUGCUUUCUUCUCAUUUCGCUACAUGCUUUUUCAUCCCUUAUUGACAAUGUUUUAAACACCUUGACCUCCUGUGUACAGCACCUGAAGGGCUUGUGUAAAUAGCUUGAUUUUAUUUUGUUUUUUUCCCACCUGCAAAAGCUUUUUCCUUUUCUUAGCAAUUGUAGUGUUGAAUUCAUAGUUGGCAUGUUAACAGGACAUCCGUGGCAUCAAUGUCCACUUGUGAAUGGCAUGUAAUUGAGGUUUUUGUGAAUAUGAAUGCUCAUAAUUUUGAAAGAAUGGAAUUUAGCUGACAUUGACUUGCAAAACAUAGUCUAUAAACUUCAGAGAUGCUCUAUCUAAAAAAAAGAUUGUUUAUUUUAUGUCUUUUAAUAUGUAAGUUGUGUCUUACAUGGAGUAUCCAUAUAUAAUAAUGUCUCAAAAGACGGCAACCAGACUGCUCCCCAUAGCUGUGGGUUGCAUGGUUACCCCAGAGUUGCAAUGUUACAAUUGUUUUUGUGAACUGGAAUUGCUCGAAGCCUUUGUACGUGAUUCCGCACUUGCUUGCCAAGUGCCUGUGGUUUGUGCGCUUGAAUUUGCAUGCAGACUAAUUGUCCGUGUUGAGACAACCGUUUUAUUCAUCAUUUUCCAUCUUCGCAUUGCAAAACUUUAAAAAGCGAGUAGCAAAAUUUUCGACGAGCUGUUUGUUGUAUGUGGAAGGCACUUUCGCUUUGACUUGUGUCCCCUUGUAGAACUUUUAACUGUGUGCUGUAACAGAACUUCGUUUUGCACAAAGAGGCUCGCCGCCACAAGUUGCAGUGCUUGCGCGGCAACGCAUUACAUGCGGCAUUUUAUUUCUCAGAGUCGGGCACGGCACGUGAGCCGCUCAGUCUUUUUCGACGUACAUGCAGUAGCUGAUAAGGUAGCAAUAUUUUGGUUAUAUACUACACGUUUGGCUUGUUUUGCCAGCAGAUGGAGAGAGCUAAAAUAGACCUAAGCAGGCAGAAAGACAUACAUGAUUGCAGCAGGAGACUGUUCACUUGCUGUUUACUGUUAUCCUUUGUAUAAAAAUGCCAUGUAACGACUCACUUGCAGUAUUUGCAAGGUGCAGGAAUGCUAGAACACUCGUGUACUGAAAACUUCGUUUUCAUUAAAAGAGCUUCAGAUGGUUAAAAAUUAGUCCUAAGCCUUCUGCUGUGGCAUCUCCCAUAGGCCCAGUGUUGCCUUGGGAUAUCAAGCCUACUUAGUUCCAAGAACAAGAAUAAAACAGGCCUUAAAAAGGCUAAGACAUAUAUAUAUAUAUAUAUAUAUAUGAGAAUAUUGAUUUUGCAUGCACUAUUGUGUACAAAUGAGAUGUGAAUAGGCUAUGACUAACUAGAACUCAUUCCUUGAUUUUCACUUUCUAUGCUUCUGUGAUUGUCAGAAUUAUUUCGACUUGGGCACCUAGCUUUAAGGCCGGUGCCUUUGUUCCUGACUGGACCCUUAGCAGCACGAAAUUGCACCCUUAGGUUGGUGUAAGAGCGGUCCUUCUUGAUAGUUUGCACUUCAUUCGCUCAUUGUAGUACUUCAGUAUUUAUUUUCUGUGAGCCUGGACACUCUCGUCUUUCCUGUGCAAGAACAUCUGCAGCAUACUGCAGUGUCGGGCAUUAUUUUCCCCUUGUCUUUGUGGUGGGCUUUAUUUGCUGACAUUUGUGCACUGUCGUGUUCCUCCUCGUGUUGGCAGGUGCACUUUUUUUUUUUCUUCCACUUUACCUUUCUCUAGGGCAUUCGCUUUUUCUUUUCUUAAAUGGUUCCUGAAACACUUUUUCUUGAAACUGAAUCCAGGAGUGAAUGCAAUUUUCUUCAGCAAGUAUAUUCCCAAGGAUAUUUUUUUAGAAGGACCUAAUGAAUGCAGUGCUUACUUUCCCCGUUCCCCCUCAACUCAUUGGUUCUUCUCAGCUGGGCUGUGCUGGUGGCAAUUUUCUGCCUAUCGUUCCUUCCUUUCUUUACUCUGUGCGGCCUCCUUAUGGUAACUCUGCCAGGCUGACAUCUGACAAUGGUGCUCCGACGAAGGAACAGUGACAGAACAGUCUAGACACAUUAACCCUUUCACUACCAAGUUCUUUCUCAAGAAGGUGCGCAAACCUUAGUGCUUUUUAUUCCCGCUAAUCAUUUCACAUUAUAUCCAGUUCAAAGAUUUUAUGCGUGCAGUUUGUCUCCUAUAUUGCUCCGAAAUAUAAACAAAAGACAUCUGCCCCGAAAGAGAGACUUUCACUCGGCAUGUGUAGAAUGUUUGAUCUCAAUUAACUGGGCAGAUCAUAACGAAAUCGUGAUGCGUGCAGGAAUAUGUCCCAGUGCCGAAACUGAAAUGCACGACUAAAAUUGAGUUGAUGAGUGUGGCUUGUCUUGUCUCCGGCGAGCAAUGCAGAAGCCGAUGUGGCCUGGACAGGUACAGCUCAUCCUUUGCACUGUUAGUACAGGCAGCUAGGACGAGUGCAGUUUGGGCUUGGUAGUUAAAGGGUUAUUAACCAUGACUUCCCCAUUUCAUUGGAAAAGCAUCUGCAUGCACAUGCCCAAGCUCACGUGUGUCGGCUUUAGCACUUGACAGACAGUUAUCUUUGGCUUGGCUGGGGGG